UUUACUUUGCUCAUUUGGAUUUGGAUGGAGCCUCGACUUGACGGACGAUUCGAUUGGUGUUUUAUGCCACGCUCUUUGCGCGUCUGUACUUUAUCUACCGCCUGUAAACCAAACCAAACAAAAAAAUCGUUUAUGUAAUAGAUUAUAACUCUGCUCUGAUUGAGUCAGAACGGUUUUUAUGAUUAGAAUCAGAUUAUAAAUGCAUGUUAAUCGUGUUCGAAUGCUAUAUAAAGCGAUUCUCAAACUCCAUAGAGGUUUACCAGAAGAGCUGCAUUCUCUUGGAGAUCAAUAUGUGAAAGAAGAAUUUCGACGACAUAAAACAUGUUCCGUUAAAGAAGCUAAACUUUUUAUGGAGGAGUGGACGGAUUACGCGAUUUCCUUGGCUAAUCAGCUACAUCAUAAAGGAAGGCCGAGAACAAUUGAACACAUCGGAAAAGAUUUGAAUGUAAACAAGCUAGACAAUUUCAACGACCAACAAAUUGCUCAGUUGUACGAGUUACUAUUAGCUUCUAGAGGUAGUGAUAACAGUCAAGAAUAGUGUACAUACAUGCAACCUAUAUUUAUUCAAUGUAUAUAAAAAAUCUAACAUUGUGAAUGUAUCAAAGCAAAAGAAAUGCUCGCAGUUAU